GUCAACUUUCAAAACAAAGUGAUAACAUUUCAACACCUAAUUUUAUUCCUGUUACUCUUUAGUGGCUAAUAAAAGUGAUCAAUCCUUCAUUGGUGAUCAAGCUCUGUGUAGUUUUUAAGAGAGAGGGGAGAGAUGGCAGUGGAAGAGGGUGAAACGCCGAGAAGCCCAGAGGCGAAGCUGGGGAUGCAGGUGGAAGAUUUGUGGGAUGUGAUGGAGCCUCAGCUGAGUCCCACUGAGAAGCUCAAUGCUUGCUUUGAGAGCAUCCCUGUCUCUUCUUUCCCUACUGCUCCUUCAUCGGAAUUUAUUGAAAUAAAGUCAGACACAACUGUGGCAGAAGCAGUCAAGUUGCUUGCUGGGCACAGAGUUCUCAGUGCUCCGGUGGUGGACUUUAUGGCGCCCGACGACGCCAGUUGGAUCGACAGAUACCUCGGCAUUGUGGAAUUUGCGGGCAUUGUUGUGUGGAUUUUGCAUCAGUCUGAAAAUGUGGAAGGCGGCACUCCUUUCGAGGCGGCUAUGAAUAGCCCGGACCGUGACAUUGGCCCUGCUGUUGCAGCAGCAGCCGCCUCUGGGAUGUCUUCUCCGAGAUAUAUAAGCAUCAACCCAGACUCUCCCACAGCAACGUGUGGGAAAUUCUUUGAGACGCUCACUGCUUCUGAUCUGUACAAAAAUACGAAGGUUGGGGAUAUAUCAGGGUCUUUCCGUUGGGCUCCGUUUCUCGCCUUGCAGAAAAACAACUCGUUCUUGACAAUGCUCUUGCUGCUAUCCAAGUACAGAAUGAAAAGCGUCCCUGUGGUUGAUCUGGGGGAAGCAAAGAUCGACAACAUAAUCACUCAGAGUGCGGUGAUUCACAUGCUACAAGAGUGUGCCGGCCUCCCCUGGUUCGAAAGCUGGGGCUCCAAGAAUCUCUCUGAAUUGGGGCUUCCAUUGAUGAAGGCCAGUAGCAUGAUAAAGGUACACGAGGACGAGCCUGUGCUGCAGGCGUUUAAACUCAUGAGACAGAACGGAGUAGGAGGCGUACCUGUGGUUGGCGAUGACAAUAGCAAGCCCGUUGGUAAUAUAAGCAUUAGAGACAUACAGUUCCUUCUUACUGCACCUGGAAUCUACAAGGAAUACAGAUCGAUUACUGCCAAGAACUUCCUGACGGCUGUGAGAAGCUACAUGGAGGAGCAGCAGAGGACAACGCCUCUCCUGAGUCGGAUGGUUACAUGUCGCAGAAACGACACGCUGAAGGAUAUCAUCGCGAAGCUGGAUGAAAAGAAGAUUCAUCGCAUCUAUGUGGUGGAGGAAGAAGGUGGGGAGCUCGAAGGAGUCAUCACUCUACGAGACAUCAUCUCCAAGCUGGUGCACGAGCCUCGUGGCUACUUUGGCGACUUCUUCGAUGGCGUCUUGCCACUGCCUCCCAAUAGCAGGGUCUAACAAACUCGACAUGGUAAUGUUUGGCUCAACAUUGCACUUGAUUUGGUGAAGAAUAACUGAGUGGAUUUGCUGAUGAUAUCUGUUUUGAUGGGAGACUAAUAAUAGGCUAAACCCCAUUGCUUUUUCUUUCCUGUUUCUUUGUAUAGGGGAAAUGGAACCUUUUGUCAUUGCUCUCUUGAGAAAUUGCAAUAACGAUAUUUGUCUUUUCAUUUGUGACA